AUGGCUGCCCACACGAUAUUGAUAGCCCUCGUGGCCAUCGGUUACCUACUCCUCAAAUACUUCAACAAAACCGAUGUUUCUAAGGUCAAGAAUCUCCCAGAGAUACCUGGAGUGCCAAUGUUUGGCAACCUCCUCCAGUUGGGAGACUCGCAUGCCAAACGAGCGGCCGCCUGGGUGAAGGAGUUUGGACCAGUCUUCCAGGUGCGACUGGGCAACAGGAGAGUUAUUUUUGCCAACAGCUUCGAGUCCGUGAAAUACCUCUGGAUAACACACCAGUCGUCCCUGAUUUCACGCCCAAAGUUGCACACCUUCCACUCCGUCGUCUCCAGCUCUCAGGGGUUCACCAUUGGAACAUCACCAUGGGACGAAUCAUGCAAGAGACGCCGCAAGGCUGCUGCCACCGCACUGAACAGACCCGCAGUGCAGUCCUACAUGCCCAUCAUCGAUCUCGAGUCGACCACCAGUAUCAAGGAGCUGCUGGCAGACAGCAAAGACGGGACAGUUGAUAUUGACCCGAACCCAUACUUCCAGCGUUUCGCCCUCAACACCAGUUUGACCCUGAACUACGGCAUCCGUAUCGAUGGCAGCAUCGACGAUAAACUGCUGAAGGAGAUCGUGACGGUAGAGCGUGCGGUCAGCAACUUCAGAAGCACUAGCAACAACUGGCAGGACUAUAUCCCACUCCUCCGACUAUGGCCAACCAGCAACACCCAGUCAAUCGAGUUUAGGGAGCGUCGAGACAAAUACAUGAGCAAGCUGCUUGAGAUGCUCACGGAGCGUAUUGCGAAUGGAACAGAUAAGCCGUGUAUCACGGGAAAUAUCAUCAAGGACCCUGAAGCAAAGCUCAACGAAGCGGAGCGAAAGUCUAUCUGCUUGACCAUGGUGUCGGCUGGGCUUGACACUGUCCCCGGUAAUCUGAUUAUGGGUAUUGCAUACCUGGCCUCUGAGCACGGUCAGGAGAUCCAGGCUCGCGCUUAUGAGGAAAUCAUGAAGGCCUACCCCAACGGAGACGCCUGGGAGAAAUGUCUGGUCGAGGAGAAAGUCCCCUACGUCACAGCACUUGUGAAAGAGGUUCUUCGAUUCUUUAUUGUGAUUCCCAUCUGUCUCCCCCGUGUCAGCAUCAAGGAUAUCACCUGGAAGGACUCUGUCAUCCCCGCUGGAACCACAUUUUUUAUGAAUGCGUAUGCCGCCAACUACGACUCCAAUCACUUCAAGGAGCCAUUCGAAUUCCGACCGGAACGCUACCUCGACGUUGCUGAUGGGACGGGGACACCCCAUUACGCCUAUGGCGCGGGAAGUCGCAUGUGCGCUGGCUCGCAUCUCGCGAACCGGGAGCUUUUCACUGCAUUCCUCCGUAUAAUCUCCGCUUUUACGAUCGUACCCGCGAAGGACAGGGCGGAUGAUCCCGUACUCGACCCCAUUGACUGCACCGAUAACAAAACCUCUCUGACCCUCGACCCUCGGCCAUUCAAAGUCGGCUUCAGAGUCCGUGACCGAGCCCAGUUGGAUAAAUGGAUCAAGGAAUCGGACGAGAGAACCAAAGACUUGUAG